UGAUGUCGUUGACUCACGCUGUGUUUGUGUUUUAAUCAGGUGUAUCCUCAUGGAGUUUCCUGGCGGCUCUUCAGGGGUCCCUGUGGGAUGCAGGGAUGCGGGUAUUGAGUUGCAGGCUGGCGUUCCCCCCGAGGGGGUCUUUCCGAAGAAGCAGGUUCCGGGGUCUCUGUCUGAAGCAAGUCGGAGCUGGGAGAUGAAGGAGAAUGGACCGAGCCCCCCCACCCAGCUCCUGACCCCCCCGGCCCCGAGGAGGAGGAGGAAGGAGAGGGGAGGUCUGCUGCCGCUGGACCCGGUACCCGCGGAUCAGCUUUCAGCAGUCCCAGGAGAGAACGGACAGAACUCUGGAGAGCAAUCUGGGGGGGGUGACGUUGCCCCACCCCCCUCCUCCUCCUCCCUCUCUCCGAGCCGGAUCGCCCAUCUGGAUCCCACUUUCCCCAGUUUGCCGGAGGGCCUGUUCCAGCCAUUCCCCCUCAUCGACUUCGCAGAGGUGACCUCGGCUGACCUGGGCAUCGCUGCACAGAGCUUCACCCCCCGAUGGGAAGUGAAAGGUAGAGAGCAGAGCGGCAGGCAGGCGGGCAGGGUCCGGCACGGCAGGGUCACCCAGUCCAGUUUUUGCUACCAGCUUGAUCAGCCCCCAGUGUGUCUAGGUAACAAGCUCAGGUGUGUCUCAUUAUUAAACUGCUAGUGAAACCAGGACUGGAUCACACUGCUGUGCAGCGGGGGUCUCAUUCCCAUCCCAGGGGGUUAGAAGUUUGUUCUCCUUUUUCAAAAUGUUUUUUUUUUUUUUUUUUUUGUGAAAGAAUGUUUCUAAAACUUUUAAAAAUCUUGAAAUAUUUAUGCCACUAGAAAUAUAUUUCAAUGAAUAAAAAUCUCAAGAUAACAGCUGCGUUCGUUUAGUUAAAAAAA